CUGGGCCUACUGUUCUGCAGGCAGGUGAUGAUGACUAUAAGCUGCUUCAUCAUCAAUAAGCUGCUACAGAAUUUAAGAAAUUAAUACUUGAAACUAAUUAUAUGUUUAUAUAUAUGUUUUUUUACCUAAAAAGUUCAAAAUGAAGUUCUAAAUUUGAAAAGAAAAUACAUAUAACUAGGUGGGUCUUCUGCUAUUGACUCUAGUUGCCGAGUAGGCGCAUUUCCUGUGAGGAAGUCGUGAGACAGACAGUCUAAAGACGUAGACAGCAUCUACGUUGGUGAAUAACAUGGAUCAUCGCUUUCAAGGUGUUAUUCUCCUGUUUUUAUCAUAUCAUAUUCAAGCAUCCAGAGCUGUGACCUCUGUGUUUGUGAAGAAAGGACGUGAUGUACAGCUGGAUGUUAAGGAAGAUGAUGUUGCUGAAGAUUUUCUAUUUCUUGCAUGGAGAGUCAAUGGAAAACAUAAUUUAGUCUUAUUGUCACAUGGAGAAAAACCAACUCUUUACACAGACAGAGUUGAGUUUUCAGUGACAAAUUGCACUAUGAAAUUGAAGAAUCUACAAGAAACAGACAGUGGAGAUUAUACUGCAGUAGUUUUAGGGGCUGAAAUCAAAGUAGUAGCUGAAUACAAAGUCACAGUUCAAGACCCAGUGUCUCCAGUCAGUCUGACUGUGGACUCAGUGUCUAACAGCUCAGACUCCUGUAACGUCACUGUGACCUGCAGGACACAGGACUCUCACAUCAGCACCACUUUUACAUGUGUCAAACAAAUUUGCAGUGAAGAUGGAGACAGAGCAAAAGCUACAACCUCUGGUGCUGUUCUUCAUGUCUACCUCGACGAUGACUCCAUCAAGUGUAACCAUAGCAACCAGGUCAGCUGGACCACAAACCAAGGAGCAAAGAUACAGGAAUUCUGUCACCAAUCUUCAGAGACUCUCUCUGCUGGUUUCCCUCUCUGUCUGGUGAAGAUGGUCGUGUUCUCCGUUGGCCUGAUCAUCAUGACGUCUGCCGUCAUCACUGUCAAUCUCAUUGAGAGGACCAUGAAAAGAAAACUCACCCAGGAGUAUUUUACUAGUGUCAGCACACAAAACUCAUAUUAACCAUGAACUUUAACAUUCGGUUCACUUCAUGUUAACACUUCACAUUCUGUCACAUUUCACGCAAGAUUCAGUUCAUCGUCAGCAGAGGGUUUUGGAAUCAGUUCUUCAAAAUAGUUCUAGUUACGGAAGUAGCUGAAAGAGAAUGAGGACGGAUUUUAUAUGCUACGAUCUUCUGUCAAUAAAAUAUAAAACGUCUGUGUCCUGUCUUUUGAGUCUUGUUUGGGUUCAAGCCUAACUGUUGAAUGAUCUCAAAUAUUGUGAAAUUAGAAAAAAAAUAGAAAAAAUUAGGGAUAAAAAAUAACGGUAUUCAAUCCCGCUCUCACUGCAGCAAAAGAGCAUCAUACUCACAGCCUUUAAACACCACAUCACUACGCGCUGACUACUAAACUGACGUCAUGCAUCACCCCCCAUGCGUUUUGGGUUGUCAACCCCUGGUUUAAUGAAAUAAUAGUUAAAGUACAUAUUGUGUUAGAACAGAGCCUGUGCAGACAGCAGCUCCCCAGGCUUCUGACCUCUCCAUGGUAGUUCGUCACUUCUCACAGAAAGCGACCUGGUGGCCAAUGUGCCAAUUAAAUCUGCACUGAAGAUGGAGACAGAUCAAAAGCUACAACCUCUGAGACUCUCUCUGCUGGUUUCCCUCUCUGUCUGGUGAAGAUGGUCGUGUUCUCUGUUGGCCUGAUCAUCAUGAUGUCUGCCGUCAUCACUGUCAAUCUCAUGGAGAGGACCAUGAAGAGAAAUCUAACCAGACCUAAGGAGUCUUCUACCAGUGUCAUCACACACACCUCACAUUAACCAUGAACUUUAACAUUCACUGCACGAUAGGUUUCAUGUUAGAGGAAACAUUCAAAACAACCAGGAAGGACAUGAUGAGUACAGAGAUUAUUAACACAGAUUACCGAUUACUAAGAAAUGUGUUAAUAAGAACCAGAACCUGAAACAAAACAAAAAGUUAAAUAAGGAGCAAUAAACAAACUUCAAUCAUAUAUUGUAUAUUAAUUUUGUCUUCAUUCAAUUUUCCUACAUUUAAUUUUCAAACUUUGUACAUUAAAAAUCAUUUAAACGUGG